AUAUGAUGAAUAAUGUCGAAGUCUACUUGAGUUUGUCCCGGUUUCAAAAAAUUGAUCAUUCGUGUACGCGAAACUGGAUAGUUCGUACGUGCACGUAAAAAUGUGAAGCAAUAAUGUAAAAAAAUGUCGUGUUACAUAUGUAUGUAAACAUUACGCAAUAAGCGGUUUCCAGGGGAAACGUAUUCAACGGGACACGAAGAAAUUGUAAAUCGAGUCGCGAUCGUGAUUUCGCUAUUUAGGAAAGUGACACGAUUUUAUUACCAGUGUAACGAAGUUGUUAGUGUGGAGGCAGUGACCGUGUGUUAUCACGGCUGGAGUUUUUACUCGUGAAAUGUCAAAAUGGCGUCUUCGCAGGACGCUUGGUAUCUGUCGUUAUUAGGAUUAGCAGAAAACUUUCGGACCUCGAAUCCGCCGAAUAUUAAAUCGUGCAUACAAUGCUUGCAAGCGGUUUUCAAUUUUAAACCGCCUCCAAGGGUCGAAGCGCGUACUCAUCUACAACUUGGUAACAUUCUUCUUACGCAUACCAAAAACAUCGAUUUGGCGCGAUCUCAUUUAGAACAAGCGUGGCGGUUAAGUCAGAACAUAAACACUUUUGAUGAUGUAAAAUUUGAGGCAGCAAGCGUUGUCGCAGAACUGUACGAACAACAACAGCAACCAAAUCUCAGUAAGCCAAUAUUAAGAAAAGCCAUAGAAUUAUCUCAGCACAAUGUAUAUUGGCAUUGUAGACUUAUUUUUCAACUCGCACAAAUACACGCAUCAGAAAAAGAUUUUGUGGCAGCUAGUAGUUUACUUGCAGUAGGUGUUGAUUAUUCUCAUAUCAGCAAUGCAAGUUACACUCGUGUCCUAUUCUUAUUGAGCAGGUGUAUGCUUUUAUUGAUAGACAAAAAAUUUACCGAAGUUCAUCCCCUUUUAAAUUCGGCAGGACAUCAUGUUGAAAAUUGGCAGGGUAGUCCACACCAAAAAGAAUAUUUAAAAGUCUAUUUUUUGGUACUUCAAGUCUGUCAUUAUUUAAUGGCAGGUCAGGUUAAAAGUGUUAAGCCUUGUUUGAAACAGUUGCAACAAAGUAUACAGACCAUUAUGUCUCCUAGUUGGCCAGCAGAUGAUGUAGUCACAGGUUCAAAUAUUGGGGACAUGUUUAUAUGGAUGCCAAAGGAUCAUUUAUAUGUUCUGGUUUAUUUAGUAACAGUUAUGCAUUCUAUGCAGGCUGGUUAUAUGGACAAGGCUCAAAAAUAUACGGAUAAAGCAUUGACUCAAAUUGAAAAACUCAAAAUUGUUGAUAAUAAGCCCAUACUUUCUGUUUUUCAACUCAUGUUAUUGGAGCACAUAGUGAUGUGUCGACUCGUGAUGGGAAAUAAGAGCGUAGCUCUUGCAGAAAUUUCUCAAGCUUGUCAACUUUGUAGAAGACAACCAAGGUUACUUCAAGGUCACAGACCCCAAUUGCACGCCUUAUUAGGGUUGUAUGCAAUGUCGAUGAACUGCAUGGAAGCGGCAGAGGCACAGUUUACAGCUGCUCUACGAACAUCACAAGAAAGAGAACUUUGGACUUUUGCGAAUUUAAAUUUGGCAAUAGUGUAUCUUAGAACGAAAAGGGACGCAGAAUUAGGUGCUUUGCUCGAACGGAUAAAUCCCGAAUCUUUACCAUCGCAUUCACAUUCUUUGAGAGCAGCCGCAUAUUAUGUUCAAGGACUUCAAGCAUUUUUUGGAGCAAGAUACAACGAAGCAAAGAGAUAUCUUCGAGAAACGUUGAAAAUGGCCAAUUCUGAAGAUUUGAAUAGACUCACGUCGUGUAGCCUAGUGCUUUUGGGUCACAUAUUUCUUUCUUUGGGAAAUAGCAGAGAAUCCAUGAACAUGGUUACACCUGCUAUGCAACUAGCUUCUAAAAUACCUGAUGUUCAUGUACAGUUAUGGGCUACUGCUAUCUUGAAAGAUUUGUACAGAAUUUGUGGAGAUCCGAAUCGUGAAAGUGAAGCGUAUCAAAUGCACUGCACUUUUUCGCAAACGCUGUUGAAAGAUCAUUUCCAAAGUACACAAAUGGGCGAGCAUUCUCUUAUACAAUGGACUGAUGGGCCUGUGCCUGCUUUACCGAGUAAUCCACCACCAUCCACGUCACAAGCCAUUCUUUAAUAUUAGAAAUGUUUAUCCAUUCAAAACGUGUAAAUUUAGCGAAGCACAGAAGUAUGUUAGGUUUGUACAAUUUUGUUGCCGGGUCAUCAAAUAAAUAUCAAAAUAUCAGGUAAUAGUUAAAAAACAGGAGCACGAAUCGUGCUGAAGAACGGAAAAGUAAAUUGCGAUCAAGAUCAAAAAUAGUGAAUUUAAUCGUUCAACAUGGAUAUUAACUAAUAUCCAAAUCCGUCAUUUAUUAUUUGAAUAGUUUCAAUUAUCUAAAAAAUCUUUAUAUAUAGGUUUGUACAAACAAUUUAUUGUAGUCAUUUUUUAUGUCAGAGAGAUACGCAAAAACUGAACAUAUGUAAAAAAUAUCGAUAUAUUUUAUUAUUUUGUAAAUUGUAAAUUAUAAACUUCUUUUCUCCCGUAUGUGUACACCUGCACAGAGGAAAAGAAGAAUGGCAGUGCUAUCGCUCCGAAUAUUGAAAUGACGCGUGUGAAAUAAGAAUCAGGUGCAUUUUUCAAUAUAGGUAUCAUACCACUGCACAAAGGCUAUUUUGAAAUCGACAGAACAUUUUAAUUUAUGUUAUAGAAAUAAUAGAUUUUGAUAUUACAGAAGUUGAGUAUACGUUACUUAUAUUUAAAUCGAGGAACACAUUUAAAGAUACAUCGAAAUAUCAAGAAUUUUAUAUUUUAUAAAAACGAAAAGUUUACAUAGCACGUUGGCAAUUAGGCUUUAAACUGAGACUGAUAAAAUUAUUGCGGUACAGAAAUUUGAUAUGAUACGGAUAGGAAAUACUAUACAUGUACAUACUUCAGAAACU